AUGAUUCUGUUGAUUGGACAGUUAAUCCUAGUGCAGAAGAAAGCCUACGUGCUCGGCUUUACACUGAUGGUGGCCUUCAACUGGCUGCUUUACUUAUCCUGUUACAGUACUAUAUCACAAGUCAGUUGCAUUUUGCGGCUAAGUACUUCUCAACAGAUCUUAAAUGAUUUAUCUCGUGGGCGGGUAGCGUUGGCUGUUGCUGUAACCGCUGGCGAGUUUCUGAGGAAUGAAGUAUUAACAACAGUGAGAAACCUGGAAAUGGAUAUGAGGGAAGAAAAGCAAAUGUUAAACAUUUUCACCGUAACUACUCGUAUGCGACCAUUUUUGCAAACAGUGAAGAAACUCGUUGUGGUUUUCAGCAAGCUUUGCAAAUCUGAAAUGGUUGGCGGUGAAAUAUUGACUUAUCUUUGUGAAGAAGCAAAGCUUUGUGUACUGCCGGAUACUACUGCAAUCUUGCUCAAGCUCGAACAAGUUGGUCUAAAACACUAUCUUGGUUUUGUUUUUUCGUGGAUCUGCUAUGGAACUUUGACUGAAGAUUAUUAUCACGAAUUUAUGGUGUGGGAUUUGAGUAGGACUGGCUGUUUUGAAAAACACCAAGUCUUGGAAGAUGCUGAACUGGCAAAUGUUGUUUUUGAUGGACUAGAGGAGAAGUUUUGUGUAGUAAGUGGCUUGUGUCCCUCACAACUGUUGGACGUUUAUACUGAUAUCGUUAAUUGCGGGAAAUACGUGAGGAUUAUGCAGAGCCUUGACGCUGGAAGAGAAAGUUUUGAUGACAGGUUUGUUGACGGAAAUGUAUUACAGAGCUGGGAAGACAAAUCGGUGGAAAGUGUUAAACAAGAGAUUAAGGAGAUACGCUGCAGAUUCAGCAGAUUGCUAGUUCUUCAGCUCAAGAAGACAUUCAAAAUGGAGUUGUUACUAGAAGCGUUCCAUGAUUUCUUUUUCUUGAAGUAUCCGGACUGGCUCAAUCAAUUUUUCGACCUUACUGAGAAUAUAUUUUCACAUCCUGUUGACAGUAUUAUGGCUAAGAAGGUACAGUUCUACUUUGAGGAAGCUGUUAAUUCAUCUUGCUUGGAGACAUUAGAUUUUCGAAACCUUUUUCGGAUUUCCUUCGACAAAUGUGACGUCUUCACCUUAUUUCUCUCUAUUAUCAAUCUAACGGUACCACCAAUCCAAGAUACAUCAGGAAAGUCAAGUGAACUAGUUCCUUCUGGUCAGCCUGACGGGGUUCUUCAAGGCUACCGUGUGGACCGGCAACUGCGAGACGGCUUAGUUGGAGCUGCUGCUUUAUCUUUGACUGUAGACUUGCAAUCCCCUAUGACUCUGAUGUUCUCUUCAAGGAUGCUUUUAAAUUACGAGCUCGUUUUUCGAACUUUGUUUUGUGUUCAUCGUACUCGUCGAUUGCUCUAUGGCAAGUACGUUUUAGAGGAUUUAUUGGGUGAAGAACGUGCGCUGCUUCGAAGCAUGCUCUUUGUUCUGCAUGAAUAUUUCUCGCACUGUGUUUCCGAUGUUAUUCCAAAAUAUUCCAAAGCCUUCUUAUCAAAAGUAGCUGAAUCUGCAAGUUUAGAGGAAAUCAUUGCACAUCAUUCAACACUUUUUGACGAAAUCUUUGAAAAGUGCUUCUUGGCGGAUUCUGAAUUUGUAGCUAAUUUAUCCGACAUUAUAGAAACAAUUACAGGCUACUCAACAGAUGUUUAUACAUUUGAUCGGACAGCUUCUCGGUGGAAAAGCUUGCGCGAAAGACUGUAUGGUAUCUUAAGUAAACGUGCGAAUAGUAAUACGUAUUCACAGUUGCAUAUGAGGUAA